AUGGAGCUUUACUGUGACAACCAAGUUGCAAGAGAGAUAGCAAAUAAUCUAAUUCAACAUGACAUAACUAAGCAUUUGAAGUGGAUUAGGCAUUAUAUCAAGGAGAAGCUGGUAGAUAAGCUAAUCGAUGUACCAUUUGUAAAGUCAGAAGAACAACUUGCAGAUGUCUUGACCCAUGCAGUGUCAGCAAAGGUUUUGCAUGACUCGCUUGACAAGUUGGGCAUAGGAAAUAUCUACACACCAACUUGA